CCGAGCAUCAGAAGUAGCGGCACCGUCACGUUUAGUGCUCUGUUGUCUGCAUGUGUCAGCUGGCAUUUUUUGUGCUAAAUCAGCGGAGUAAUUUUCAGGGGACUGUCCUAAAAAUUCCUGUCUGCCUUUUCUAAACUGACAGUCUCGUGUUUUUCGGCUGUAAUGCGUAAACUAAGUUAAGUAUGUGUAGAAUAGUGGAACCAUUCACUCAUAGUAAACGAAACUGAAAACCGAACUGAAGGUUGUUUUUUUUUUUACCUGCAUCUGUGACAGUGAAAAUGGGAAAGAAAAAGGGGAAGGAUAAAAGCUCCAAGGAGGUCGAUGACAUUGACCUGACAGGUCCAUCCUGUAAGCAUAUUAAAAAGGGAUCAGAACAAACUCUUAUCAAGAAACUCUCUGGGAAUUCUGACUGGACAAGUUGUGAGGACUGCAAGCAUGAUGAAAAUAAAGAAGAUGCGAACAGUAUGGAUCCUGAAAUUGAAAAUGAACUACCAACAGUAUGGAUGUGCUUGAAAUGUGGGCAUAGGGGAUGCGGAAGAAAUUCUGAGAACAAACACGCCGUCAAACAUUAUGAGACUCCACGGUCGGAUCCUCAUUGCUUGGUGGUCAGCCUAGAUACCUGGAACGUGUGGUGUUACAUUUGUGAUGAUGAAGUCCAGUAUUCCAGAACAGGGCAUUUGGCUCAGCUGCUGACCAACCUAAAAAAACAAACCUCAUCCGAUGCCUUAAAGAAACCACAGAAAAAAGAAAAAGAGGAAGACAUUGUUGUGGAAGAGGAGCAGAAGUCAAACUCUGUUAAAACAGAAGACAGUGAAGAUAAGGAAAACAAAGAAGAGAAAGAGAAGGAGAAGGACCACCAGAAGAAAAACACUAAGAGAGAAAAUACAGGGAAGUCUCAGAAGUCCAGUCAAACAGAAGACAGUCGAGUUGUUUCGGUGAAGGGACUGAGCAACCUGGGAAACACGUGUUUUUUUAAUGCAGUCAUUCAGAAUCUUUCUCAAACUCCUUUAAGACAAACUCUCAACAAAGCGACAGAACAGAAGAUGAGCCUUAAUAUCGAACCUGUUUCCCCCUCAAAUCUGGAUCGUAUCGCUGUCCAGUUAGACCAGCCCGGAUCCCUGACUUUGACUAUGUGUCAGUUACUGAAUGAGAUCCAGGAAUCUAAGAAAGGAGUGGUAACACCACGGGAUUUGUUCACACAAGUUUGUAAAAAGGCUGCCAGAUUCAAAGGAUUUCAGCAACAAGACAGCCAGGAGCUUCUGCGCUACCUGCUGGAUGGAAUGCGAGCUGAGGAGAUCAAAAGAGUCAGCACUGGGCUAAUGGAUGCAUUAAAAGAAUCUAAAAAAGGCAUUGAUGGAGAAGAGCUAAAAGCAUUGCUCAAAGAGUAUGAGAAGAAUGGAUUUCCAAAAAACUUUGUGGACCAAGUUUUUGGUGGAGAAAUGACCAGCACCAUAAUGUGUCAGCAGUGUAAAACGGUUUCUGUUGUCACUGAGAUGUUUUUGGAUCUUUCCCUCCCUGUUUCUGAUGAGGCAUACAGAAAAAAGAACCAGAAAAAAGCAACUCAGAAAGCCAGUGAGUCGAGCCAGGAUGGAAGGAACAGCCCGGCUUUGACCAACGGGAAUGAUGAUAUUCCCACAGGGGCUGGCAGCAAGUACCAGCAAAAGAAAGCCAAGAAGCAGGCAAAGAAGCAAGCCAAGCAACAAAGGAGGCAGCAGAAGCUUGACGGCAGGGUCACGUUAGAUAUUCUCACAUCCCCGAAGAACACAGAGGAUACACCGACAGAUUCGGCUGUAAAUGCUGACGACAACGCGGACAAUGAGCCUCACGAAGAAGAAGAACUUAAUGAAGGCGGUCCUGCCCAGGUCUGUGUCGCUAAAGAGGACCAGAAGAACACUGGAUCGGACCAGGCUGACGAAGAAAAAGAAGAAGACGAGGACUCUCUAACCGACGGCGACUCUUCUGUCAGUAAUCGUUUUACUAUCCUAUCAGAGGAGCGACAGGGAAAUAACAGCGUCUUGGAAGGCGAACAAACAUCCAACAUGAAUCAGGAGCAAGAGGAUGACUCUCUAGUGAAGGAGAUGGAGAAAGUAAACUUAGAUGAUGCCUUCAUUGAAUGCUCAGAUGCUGUUGAUCAAAGCAUGGAGAGUGAAGAUGAACCUCUGGAGCCUAAAGAGUACACCGUGGUUAACCAGGACCCAGAACUGGCCUUCCACACUCUGGCCACCAGGACGGCGCCAGAGAAGCAGGAGUGUUCAGUCCAAUCGUGUUUGUUUCAGUUCACAGAAGUUGAAACCCUGACUCAGAAUAACAGCCUGUUGUGUGUCACCUGCACUAAACGGCAGCCGAGCAAAGACGAAGCUGGAGGUUCCAAGAAGAAUAUCUACACCGAUGCCUUAAAGCAAAUGCUGAUCUCCUCUCCUCCUCCAGUACUUACCCUUCAUCUGAAAAGGUUUCAACAGAAUGGCUACAGUAUUUGUAAAGUGAACCGGCAUGUCCAGUUCCCUAUGAUCUUGGAUCUGGCCCCAUUCUGUGCUAUAAAGUGCAAGCAUGCGACAGAGGGAGAUGAUAAAAUCCUGUACAGUCUGUAUGGCAUUGUAGAGCACAGUGGAACAAUGAGAUCAGGCCAUUACACGGCCUACGUGAAAGCACGUCCUCAGGUCCCUGCGUCAUUGUCCAACGGAGUAGGAGCAGAAGGAGAUGCAGAGCCACCCAGAGGAUCCUGGUUCCAUAUCAGUGACACCAGCGUCCAGCCUGUGAGCGAGAGCAAAGUUCAGAGUUGCCAAGCCUACCUCCUCUUUUACGAAAGGAUCCUCUAAACGACUUGAGCUUCAUCACUCAGGAAAUGCAAAUCAACUCGCAUCAGAUUAAAAAUAUUGAUCACACAGAGGAGGGGGGGUGUUGACAUUUUGACCACACUGAACAGCUGUAUGUCUGCUGGGAUACAAGAAUACAAUGAAAAUCAACUUGGACUGUGACCAUAAUGUGGAAUUGUGUUUUAUAUAAACCACCAACAGAUGACACUUCUGUAGAUAAAUGAAAGCUAGAGGGAGGAUAAUUUGUACCAAAUAUUUAUAUGUUUAUUUUUUAACAAUAUGUAAUGAAAUGCUUACAAAUCAA